AUGGCUACAAUAUCUGGCUCAAUUCCUGCAAAUCUACCAAUUCUCACAGGAAAGAACUACGAAAAUUGGAAGAUUCAGAUCAGCGUGGUGAUGCGAUUCCAAGGGGUUUGGGAGUUCGUAGAAGAAGGUUAUAUACCUGUGGGAGAGAGAGCAAUAGAUGAACAAAAGGUUGUUGGUAGAGAAAAGGAAAAGACAGAUUGCAAGGCACUUUUCAUUUUGCACCAAAGUGUAGAUGCUGCUAACUUUGAAAAGAUAGCAAUGGCUCAAACCUCUAAAGAAGCAUGGGACAUUCUUGAGAAAUCUCAUGAUGGAGCCACAAAAACCAAGAAGAUCAAGUUGCAAACUCUGAGGAGACAAUAUGAACUACUACAAAUGGAAAAGAAUGAAUCAGUUGUUGAGUACAUCACAAAAGUACAGACAGCGGUGAAUUCAAUAAAGGGCUAUGGAGAAAAGAUAAUUGUGCAAUCAGUUGUAGAGAAGGUGCUUAGAACCAUGCCACCCAAGUUCGACCAUAUUGUGGUAGCCAUCGAGGAAUCCAAAAAUCUUGAAGAGCUUAGCCUAGAGGAAUUGCAAGGAUCUUUGGAAUCUCAUGAGCAAAGAAUGAAUGAAAGGAUCAAUGAGAAGAAAAGUGAAAAAGCCUUGCAAGCACAGUCUAAUCCAAAGAAGCAUAGUGAUAGAUGGAAGAAAGAGAAAACUGAAUGGAAGAGCAAUAAAUGGAGGGGAAAUCAUAACAGUGAUAAGGACCACAAGAAAGGAAGGGGAUCCAAUUCCCAAAACUCUUCUAAUAGAAAGAAGUUCGACAAAAGAAGUAUUCAAUGCUUUAACUAUCAAAAGUUUGGGCACUUUGCUGAUGAGUGUUACAGAAAACCCAAUAACAAAAGAGAACCUAAAGGCAAUGAUGCAAAAUUGGCUCAAGAAGAAAAUGAGGACAUUGAACAGUACCUAGACACAGGUUGCUCAACUCAUAUGACAGGAAGAAGAAAGUGGUUUCUCAACCUUGAUCAAUCUGUGAAGAGCCAAGUCAAAUUUGCUAAUGAUAGAACUUUGAGUGCUGAAGGAAUUGGGAAGGUCCUAUCAAAACAAAGGAUGGAGGUCAGUCUUGCAUCACUGAUAUUUGGCCAUUUAAAUUUUAGAGAUCUGAUUCAGCUAAACUCAAGAGAAAUGGUGUUAGGUUUGCCUCAGAUCAAGCCUCCUAGUGAAACUGAAUCUCUUGGUGGAAACAGAUACUUCAUAUCCUUUAUUGAUGAAUUGACCAGGAAAGUAUGGUUUUAUCUAAUAAGAAGGAAGAGUGAUGUCUUUGAAGUCUUAGGGAAGUUCAAAAAUAUGGCAGAAAAGCAAAGUGGCUCAUUGAUCAAGAUAUUGAGAACAAAUGUGGUGGUGAAUAUGUUUCUGCAAAAUUUCAAGAAUUUUGUGAUCUGGAAGGCAUAA